AUGGGAAACGUUCCUACAAAGCUAGAAGAUGACCGCCCAGUUAGAUCAGGAAGGUCCGUAAGCGUUUCUGCAACAACUUCCGGAGGAAAUGGCGGAGCGGUUGCCACAAGAACUCACAGAGCCUCCUCAUUAGUAGGCAACCUUUUGACCAGCAGGUCAAGGUCAAACUCCGGAUUCUAUUCCGCAAACCCUUAUAAGAGAAAGUCGACUAAGGAGAAAGAAAAACUGAAGGAAAAGCACGCCCGACAGCUGGUGGUUAAGUAUAACGAGACUGUGGACGGUGGUUUUCUGGCACCUUAUGGGUGCUGUAGCAUCGAAAAAUUGGACUACGAUGCCAAGGUUGUCAGAUCAUUGAUCAUCGAUCGGAAGCUGGCCCCUUUCUACACGCCAUUGCAGGACUUCGAUGACUCAUGGAGCGUUAAUGAGGUUGUAAAGAUUGUGGACGGGUUACCACUCCACGCAUCAUUUACCCCAGAGCUAGAAGAGUUUGAAGGUGUACCGAUCGGAGAUCUAUCCAAUCCGGACUUUGAUUACUUGAUAGACAAGACGCUGUCUCGCCGUGAACAGCGUAGGAUGCGGUCCAAAAUCUUUAACGCGAGACUAUACCAGAAGCGUAUCAUUUGGCAAGAGAAUGAAAAUGAACGAUUUCUUGAACAAAAAUUAGAGGCUAAAAAUCACACGGGCGCUUCUAACCAGUAUCUGCCAAAUGACAGCCUCAAGUAUGACAUGUACAAGCAAGGAGCAGAAUGCCCUAUUUGCUUUCUCUACUUUCCGGAACCCAUGAACGUCUCAAGAUGUUGUCUACAACCCAUUUGCACCGAGUGUUUCAUCCAGAUUAGGAGGGCCGAACCGCACUUCCCACACGACGAGAAUGACUCAGACAGUCAAGACGAGAACAAAGAUCCCAAUUUGCUAAUAUCUGAACCGGCAAACUGCCCGUAUUGUGCAACACCCAACUUUGGUGUAACAUACGAGCCCUUGAAAGAACGUAGAACGGGUAUUCAGGGCCCAUCUCCAGCAUCGUAUGUGCACCAAGAGCCAGUCAAAAACGAUGAAAGUUCCGUCACAGGCAAGCGCCGCGGAUCGCUAGCUGCUGGUCAUCCCCAAGUCAUCACAUCAGAUGCGGUCAGACCCGAAUGGCAGGUUAAACUAACGAAAGAACGUAUGCGGCUAGCUCGCCGCUCGGCCAAUGCCACGGCAAUUCACGUAAGCAAUCAACUGGUAGUACCUAACCAUGAUAGCCAAUCUCCACGGGGUCUUUCGAUUUCUCCGCGCGAUGUUACGAUCUCUGAUUCUCCGAACACCUGGACGAGCACAAACGCAGGUGAUAUUGAGAAUCAGAUGAUCGAGCAAGCAAUAAAAUUAAGUCUAGCAGAUCAAAAGGAGCAAAAGAAAAGAAGGCAUUCAGCUAAGUGA